AUGGUGAUGGGCUCCAGCAUCCAGCCCACCACCCUCCGAGACCCCAUCCACACGGACGCAGGCGGUGCUUCACCGCGGCUUCGUGCUCAGUUUUGUGUGAUCUGCAACUUCCGGUCCUCAAUAUGUCAGGCCCUGGUCCUGGAGAUUGGGGAAACUGUCCAGAUUCUGGAGAAGAGCGAAGGUUGGUACAGAGGCUUUGCCACCAAGAAGCCUUCCAUCAAGGGGAUUUUCCCAGUCAGCUAUGUCCACUUGAAGAAAUCCACAGUGACCAACAGAGGGUUGUGCGAGACGGUGGUGCCCCUCGAGGACCCGAUCAUCACAGAGACCACCUCCACUCUGCAGGAAUGGGGGGUCUUGUGGAAGCAGCUCUACGUGAAACACAAGGUGGAUCUGUUCCAUAAGCUCCGUCAUGUGAUGAACGAGCUCGUCGACCUGCGACGGCAGCUGAUCCAGGGUCAUCUCGCCCAGGACCAGACUCGUGAGAUCAAGCGGCACAUCACAGUGCGGCUUGACUGGGGCAACGAGCACCUUGGUUUAGACCUUGUUCCCAGAAAGGAGUUUGAGAUGGUGGAUCCAGAUCAGAUCAGCGUAUCUGAACUACACAAGCUGCACGUAUCCAGCAGACACUGUGGUCAGCAAAGCACAAAUCAGGGCGACAGCACGAGACAGCGCCAUGGCGACGGUUGCCGUGUCCCCGUGUCGCACCACCUCUUCAUCAACCUGAAGAGCUUCACCUACAACAGCAUCAGCGAGGACGCCGACGUCUUCUUCUCUCUGUACGACACGCGCGAGGCCAAACAGAUCAGUGAGAAGUUUAUGGUGAAACUGAACAAAAAUGGCGGACCAAAGAAUCCGGAGAAGGUUGAUCGUCUGUGUGCUCUUUUCACGGACCUGAGUAGUAAAGAUUUGAAGAAGGACCUGUACAUCGUUGCACACGUCGUAAGAACUGGUCGCAUGCUGCUGAACGACUCAAAGAAAGGCCCCCCCCAUGUGCAGUACAGACGACCCUAUGGCUGCGCUGUUCUCGCCAUGAGCGAUGUGUUCCACACCAUCACAGACCUCAAGGAGGAGAAGGACUUUGUGCUCAAAGUUUAUACGUGUAACAAUGAGAACGAGUGGUACCAGAUACAUGAGAACAUCAUACGCAAGUCCAACACCAAGUACUCGGCUCCCAGCACCAACUAUGGCCUCAUCAUUUCCCUGCAGUUGCUGCGGGGCGAGCUGGAGCAGAUCAGACGGGAGAACCAGGCUGUGUUCAGCAGGGCCCUGGCACUCACACGCAAGCUGGGUUUCCCAGACGUCAUCCUGCCAGGAGACACGCGCAAUGACCUCUAUCUGACCCUUGAGCGUGGAGAGUUUGAAAGAGGCGGCAAGAGCGUCCAGAAGAACAUCGAAGUCACGCUCUACGUGCUCUAUGCUGACGGCGACACGCUCAAAGACUGCAUCAGUUUGGGCAGCGGGGAGCCCAGCACCAGCGAGUACCGCUCCUUCGUCCUCUACCACAACAACAGCCCUCGCUGGAGCGAGAUGGUCAAGCUGCCCAUUCCCAUAGACCGCUUCAGAGGGUCCCACCUACGCUUCGAGUUCCGACACUGCUCCACUAAAGACAAAGGGGAGAAAAAACUGUUUGGUUUUGCCUUCACGCCUCUGAUGAGGGAGGAUGGGACCACGCUGUCAGAUGAGAGCCACGAGCUGUAUGUGUACAAGUGUGAUGAAAACGCCACCUUCAGUAACCAGGGUCUGUAUCUGAGCCUGCCCUGCUGUAAGGAGGACUUCAACAGCUGCCCCAACCUGCCGGCCAACCUGCCCUUCCAGAGGAGCCCCAAAGAGGCCCUCUGCGUCUCCACCAUCCUCUGCUCCACCAAACUCACACAAAAUGUCGACCUCUUGGCUCUUCUGAACUGGAAGGCCCAUCCGGACCGGGUUUUGGACAUCCUCGGUCGACUGCGUCAGAUCAGCGGCGAGGAGAUUGUCAAGUUCUUGCGAGAUGUCCUGGAUACACUCUUCUGUCUUUUAGAUGACAACACAGAUAAAUACGGGCCACUGGUUUUCCAGUCACUGGUGUUCAUCAUCAACUUACUCAGGGACAGCCGUUUCUACCACUUCAGACCUGUCAUGGAUGCCUACAUCCAAAACCACUUUGCUGGAGCUCUAGCAUACAAAGAGCUGGUUCGAUGUCUGAAGUGGUACAUGGACCGCUCGGCCGAGGUCGUCCGGCAGGACCACAUCCAGGAAGCCAUGAGGGCUCUGGAGUAUCUGUUCAAGUUCAUCGUCCAGUCUCGCAUCCUGUACUCGAGGGCGACCUGCGGGAUGGAGGAGGAGCAGUUCAGGGCGAGCAUCCAGGAGCUCUUCCAGUCCAUCCGCUUCGUCCUGAGUCUUGACAGCCGCAGCUCAGAGAACCUGGUCUUCACGCAGGCGGCGCUGCUGAACAGUUUCCCUGAUAUCUUUGAUGAGCUGCUGCAGAUGUUCACUGUUCAGGAGGUGGCAGAAUAUGUCCGGGGCACCCUGGGGAGCAUGCCCAGCACAGUGGACAUUGGCCAGUCUAUGGAUGUAGUCAAACUGCAGUCCAUAGCUCGUACAGUCGAGAGCCGCCUCUUCUUCUUCCCCGAGUCUCGUAGUAUUUUGCUGCCGGUGGUUCUGCAUCACAUCCACCUGCAUCUGCGCCAGCAGAGGGAGCUGCUCAUCUGCUCUGGUAUCCUCACCAGCAUCUUCUCUAUAAUCAAGACCAGCUCUAUGGACUCUUCAGUUCAGGAGGAGGUGGAGAUGAUGGUGGAGAGCCUCCUGGACGUGCUGCUGCAGACUCUGCUGUCCAUCAUGAGCAAGUCUCACUCUGUGGAGACGUCCAGAGGACAACGCUGUCCGCAGUGCACUGCCGAAAUAACCGGGGAGUAUGUUUCCUGUCUUCUCUCUCUGCUCCGACAAAUGACAGAGCUCCACUUUCACCAUCUACUGAACAACUUUCACAGCAAGGAGGAGCUGAAGGAGUUCCUGUUGAAGAUCUUCUGUGUGUUUCGCAACCUGAUGAAACUGACUAUCUUCCCCCGGGACUGGAGCGUCAUGAGGCUUCUAACCAGUCAAAUCAUCGUAGUGACAACACAGUUCCUGUCUCCGGCGCUGCACAAGAACUUCUCAGAGGCCGAUUUUGAUUUCAAGGUGUGGAACUCCUUUUUCAGUCUCACUGUGCUGUACAUCAAUCAGCCCAGUCUGCAGCUAGAGGCGCUCGGCCCGGCUAAGAGAAAGAAAGUCCUCGACAAGCACGGAGAUAUGAGAGUGAUGAUGGCGUAUGAGCUCUUCAGCAUGUGGCAAAAAUUAGGUGACAAUAAGCCCCACUUCAUCCCGGGAAUGAUGGGGCCCUUCCUGGGGGUCACCCUCGUCCCUCAAACUGAGGUCCGAAAUAUCAUGAUCCCAAUUUUCCACGACAUGAUGGACUGGGAGCAGAGGAAAAACGGCAACUUCAAACAGGUGGAAGCGGAGCUGAUGGAUAAGCUGGACAGCAUGGUGUCAGAUGGGAAAGGCGAUGAUAACCACAGAGAGCUCUUCAGCCUUUUGACCAUGUUGUUCGGCCCUUAUCCGAGCCUGCUGGAGAAGAUAGAGCAGGAGACCUGGAGAGAGACGGGGAUCUCGUUCGUCACAUCAGUCACACGACUCGUGGAGCGAUUGCUGGAUUACAGGGACUGCAUGAAAGGAGAUGAGAUGGAGAACAAGAAAAUCGGUGGCUCUGUCAACCUCAUGAACUUCUACAAGUCGGAGGUGAACAAGGAGGACAUGUACAUCCGUUACAUCCACAAGCUGUGUGACCUGCAUCUUCAGGCAGAGGACUUCACAGAGGCAGCGUUCACUCUGCUACUGUACUGGGAGCUGCUGCAGUGGGAGGACCGGCCCCUGAGGGAUUUCCUCCACUAUCCCUGUCAGAGCGAGUGGCAGCGCAAGGAGAACCUGAGUCGUAAAAUCCUCCACUACUUCAACAAGGGCAAGUGCUGGGAAUAUGGAAUCUCUCUCUGCCGGGAGCUCGCUUUCCAGUACGAGACUUUAUACGAUUAUCAGAGCCUCAGCUGGAUUCGGAAAAUGGAGGCCGCCUACUACGACAACAUCAUCGAACAGCAGAGGAUUGAACCCGAGUUUUUCCGAAUGGGUUUCUACGGCAGGAAGUUUCCUUUCUUCCUCAGGAAUAAGGAGUUUGUGUGUCGUGGUUAUGACUAUGAGCGGCUCGAGGACUUCCAGCAGAGGAUGCUGGGAGAGUUCCCACAAGCCAUUGCCAUGCAGCAUCCCAACCAACCCGACGACACCAUCCUGCAGAGCGAUGCUCAGUAUUUGCAGAUCUACGCGGUCACUCCAGUGUCAGACAUCUCUGAUGUGCCUCAGCUGGAGCGUGUGCCGGAGAGGAUCAAGAGCUUCUACCGCAUAAACAACGUCUGUCGUUUUCACUACGACAGACCUUUCCACAAGGGGCCCAAGGACCGAGAGAAUGAAUUCAGGAGUCUGUGGAUCGAGAGAACCACCCUGAUUCUCUCGCGUCCUCUGCCUGGGAUCUCCCGCUGGGCGGAGGUGGAAAGGAGAGAAGUGGUGGAGGUGAGCCCUCUGGAGAACGCCAUUUAUGUGGUGGAGAAUAAGACCCAGGAGCUGCGGACGCUGAUCAGCCAGUACCAACACAGGCAGCAUCACGGUAACAUCAACCCGCUCAGCAUGUGCCUCAACGGGGUCAUAGAUGCCGCUGUCAAUGGAGGCAUCGCCAGAUAUCAGGAGGCGUUCUUUGACAAGGACUACAUCAGCAGUCACCCAGAGGACACGGAGAGGAUCACACAUCUGAAGGAUCUGAUGCAAGAGCAGGUGCACAUUCUGGGAGUGGGACUGGCGGUUCACGAGAAGCUGGUGCAUCCUGAAAUGCGUCCCCUGCACAAAAAGCUGGUGGAUCAGUUCCACAUGAUGAGAACAGGUUUACACCAUUAUAUGGUUGGGUCCCAGCAGGGUGUGCCCAGCGUGGAUCGAUUUGGCCCCGCAGGCUGUCAAGGGGUCAGCUCUUCUCGAAGCAGCCUCUCCUCCCACAGCCACAUGAGCCCUGAGAGCGUGCGUCUCAUACACAGACACAGCCCUCUGAACCUCCAGGGCUCGAUCCGUCACUCCUCGUCCUCCCUGUCGUCUCACACGUCCAGUGAGGCAGGAACCCUCGGCAUGAUGACUGACGGCCUGAUGGGGGAGCACCCAGAGGAGGCGCUACACAUGCAGCCGAGCCCCUCCUCCUCCAGCCUGAGCUCCAUCCGCUCCAACUCUUCUCAGAUUAUUAACUCGGCUCCCUCGAGUGCCAGAGGCUCUCCAUCUUUACCAGAUAAGGCCAAACACAACCGAGAGGUGAUGAUACUGUUGCCGUCUCAUCGCGAGAGGGUCAACAACGCCAUGUACUUCAACAUGGCCGAGAACGGACAGAACAACCACAUGCAGCGUGCCUUACUUCAGCAAGUCAGCCCCUGUAAGCCGUGUGCUGAUCCUCACAUGAACCUGCCAGAGAAAGUCUUUCCCAAUGCUCCCAGCAGCUGGAGUCUAGAUGGAGAGAACAGGGAGCAGAUGUCCUACAUGCCAGGAUCUACUGGAGGGGUAAUCAUGCCCCCUGUCCCACCCAGGUCCUUCCCACCGGGACACUUCCUGAUGCACUGUGAUGCGUACCACCACCAGAACAGCGAGCCCCCCCCCGCCCUGCCUGUCCGCUCUCUACGAAAGUCUCCUCUGCACCCGAUCCCCGGCUCCCCCACCAGCCCUCAGUCAGCUCUGGGGGGCAGUAACUCCACCCUGUCAGGCAGCGCCAGCAGCGGCGUCUCCUCCCUGAGUGAGAGUAACUACGGGGGUCAGUAUCCGGACCCUGGCCCCAUCAGGAACGAUGCCCUGGAGCCUCUUCCCAGCCACCUGUGGUCCCCGCCUGACGAGUACCUGGCCUCCCCCUACCUGCACAUCCACUACGGCGGGCCAGAGAUCGACUCCGUGGACCAGGUGCGCCCCUUCCACUACCGCAGCCCUUCCUCUCACCCGCACAACCACCCACACCCUCACGCUCACGCCCACCCGGGGAUGGACAGCCACUCCCACGGGCCGCCGCCUCACCACCACGCGCCCCCCCACGGCCCUCACCACAUCCCUUACCGCCGGCCUCAGCCCCCAGCUGUGCCGCCCAAGCCCUACCUGAGGGAGGGCUGCAUCCCGGAGGAGGAGCUGCCCCCCCAGCCCAUCCCGCUGCCCCGCAGGAUCUUCCACUCGCCCCACGGCCACAGAGAGGACCUGGGCAAACACGCCUGGGAGCAGUGCAUCAGCGAGGAGCACGAGGAGACGCAGUGAUGAGGAGGAGGCUCCACUUUGAUGUCAGUCAGAGCCUUUAACUCCUUGUCUUUUUUCUCUCUUCACCUGCACUGGGUUAAAGGAGCAGUUACAGAAAAGAGUCCACCAUGAAUCUGUGUGUUCAGUCAACGCUUCUCGCUCUGUGUUUUAACUCCAGUGCAAGUGACAGAAAGAAAAAAACGAAGGAGUGAACCUGGAGUUUGAGGUUUGAGGCUCGACCACUGCUCCCUGCGGGCCUCUCACAAGUGAUCUGAAGAAAACGAUCCGCUGAACGAGACAGAUCAACUUUGUUCAAACAUUGAUAUUGAUUGUACACGACUGUACAACUCGUCUGUGAGCAUGUUUUUUUGUUUUCAUUUGAGAAAUAAUACAGCAACAGUUUUGUGAAAUAUGACGAUCAGAACCAACCAGGUGCAGUAUAAGCUCUGAACUCCCUCGAUUUCCGCUUUUCAUGUCAUUUUCACGACGACAGGUUAUUAUUCACAGUGAAGUGACUCCUCCGCUUUAAAUGCUUCAUAUAUACGACAUUCUUAUUUUGAUAAAUUUGCUACAUUAUGGUGUUUUCAAAGGCUUAAGUCCAUUUUGUUUUUCAAAACACUGUUAAGUGCUCCUUAAUAGUGAAUCAUAUCAAAUGGCGCACUGUAAUACGUGUUGCUGCUGGGCUGUCACACACAGCAGGUCUCCAGGGUUGGACUCUCUCCUCAUGGACCGGCUUCUCAAGGGAUACGAACUCCAGUCGGCGGCAGACUGACCAUUUCCUGUCCGUACCGCGUGUACAGGAAACCUACGUGAAUGUAUUCAGAUGAGAUGUUCUAUUCGUAAUUGCACAAGCUGCAAUCCUGGUUUUUCGUUUUAAGUGCUUUAAGUUGAGUCUAUGUUGAAGAAGUCUCUAUUUGUCUCUUUUGUGUGACAAUGAUAUCUUGAGGGGGGGAUGAGAGCGUCAACGCGGACUGAUGGGGAGGGGAGGACAAAGACAGGCAUGUCCUACGAGGACUCUCCACUUCACACCUCAACCUGCUGGACUCUCUCUCUCUUCAUUUCCCUUCCAUCUUCUCCUUCCCUGUCUGGUUGUCAGACCAUGCUAAGCAGUGAGGGCUGAGCCUGGACAGUCGCACUGGCAUCUGAUGACACUGUCUGGAGCCUGGCCCGCUGAGUGGCCGGCGGAGGGGCCCACCCAGACAGCGUUGGAAUUGCCUACCUGCCUUAAGUGCACUCAAAUGCAGUAUGACCCCCCUCAUCCAGACUGUGAGGAGUUCAUUUAGCGACCGGCCUGCUCUCCUUCUCAUCCUGUCCGCUGUACCUCCUGAAGGGGGAAAAAAAAGAUGUCGACCUACAGUAGUGAUGUUUUCGUAUGGUUUCAUCCCGCUUUGGUUUUCAGAUUGUCGUUCGGUUCGUUGCGCUGAUAUUUCUUAUUCUGCCUGCGGCUCUUUCUCGAUGUGCGAAAAAAUUGAUGACGUGUUUAAGAAGAACGUUGAGGCCCGGACUCAGAGGGAGGUUCACGUGACGUGGAGCAGAGGAACAGCGCUGUUUAUUGAGACGGACUGAGGGUGGAAGGAUAUAGCUAAUAUUUUAACAAUUACUUGUUUUCCUGGUUGUUUUUUUGUUUUCUUUUUUUUUGCAGGUGGAUGCUUUGUGUUACUGUACAUCAAGUUGUCAGCUGACUAGACAACAAUCUAUUUUUGUAUGUGAGAUCAUCAGUUGUGUGAACAUAUUUCAGACCGAGACAGAAGGCCCAGGUACUGCAGCUGUACUUUGUAUGGAGAUGAACCUGAGCUUAGAUAUAUACAGUAUGUGAGUAUCUCUUGUGAGCUUGAUGGCACUGAGGGUAACUGGUGACUGAAGUGAUGCUCAAAAAAUGCGUACAAUAGAGUUUUCAAUGUAAAUUCUGUUAUUGUACAUACGGCAGUAUUGUGAAAUAUUUUUGAGAAUUAUUGCAGACACCCCAAAAAGGUUUAUCAUUGUUUUGUGUAUAUACAUGUACUCCAGAGAUCAAUGUAAUUGAUAAAUAUCUAUAAUCAGUGUUUGAAAAAGGACAAAUCCAUUAGACUGUGGCUGUCUCCACCGUUCUUGACUUUGAGUCUUCUCAUAUAAAUACUUUAUACACUUUUCAAUGUGCUUUCCUGUACAUAUGGUGUUAGCAUGAUCAAACAGUGUUUGGUUGUAAAAGUGGUUUUCCUACUCCCAUAACUGCUGUGGUAUGGAAUUCAUUAACAAUGCCAAACAUUAAAGACAAUCUUUUAUCA